UGGCCAAUCCGGGUGUGGGUUUAACCCGGACUCUAUUUCCCAGAAGACCCCGCGGCCUGAGGCGACUUGUCCGUGCUUCACUGUCCUGGCGGCAGUUGGUGGAUCCGCAGCUGAUAAUAGGCGGCUUCCCGUUUACCUGCGUCUCCACUGGAACUCUUCUCAUCAGCCUACCUCAUCCCGACGCUGACCCCACGGACAGGGGCGCCAACCCGAGCGCUGCCUCGGAUUAAGUGUCCGUCGAAGUCGGCAAGCCCCACCUUGUCUCCCCGCGGCUCAGCAAGGGCCCAGUCCUGACGGCUGUCGCCUUGUCGCCAUGGCGCCCACCAUCCAGACCCAGGCACAGCGGGAAGAUGGCCACAGGCCCAAUUCCCACCGGACUCUGCCUGAGAGAUCUGGAGUGGUCUGCCGAGUCAAGUACUGCAAUAGCCUCCCUGACAUCCCCUUCGACCCCAAGUUCAUUACCUACCCCUUCGACCAGAACAGGUUUGUUCAGUACAAAGCGACUUCCUUGGAAAAACAGCACAAACAUGACCUCCUGACUGAGCCAGACCUGGGGGUCACCAUCGACCUCAUCAAUCCUGACACCUACCGCAUUGACCCCAAUGUACUCUUAGAUCCAGCUGAUGAGAAGCUUCUGGAAGAGGAGAUUCAGGCACCCACUAGCUCCAAGAGGUCUCAGCAGCAUGCGAAGGUGGUGCCAUGGAUGCGGAAGACAGAGUACAUCUCCACCGAGUUCAACCGUUAUGGCAUCUCCAAUGAGAAGCCUGAGGUCAAGAUUGGGGUUUCUGUGAAACAGCAGUUCACUGAGGAAGAAAUUUACAAAGAUAGGGAUAGCCAGAUUACAGCCAUUGAGAAGACUUUUGAGGAUGCCCAGAAGUCGAUCUCCCAGCAUUACAGCAAGCCCCGAGUGACACCAGUGGAGGUCAUGCCUGUCUUCCCAGACUUUAAGAUGUGGAUUAACCCAUGCGCUCAGGUAAUCUUUGACUCAGAUCCGGCCCCCAAGGACACGAGUGGAGCAGCUGCAUUGGAGAUGAUGUCUCAGGCCAUGAUCAGGGGCAUGAUGGAUGAGGAAGGGAACCAGUUUGUGGCCUACUUCCUGCCUGUGGAAGAGACGCUGAAGAAACGGAAGCGGGAUCAGGAGGAGGAGAUGGACUAUGCACCGGAUGAUGUGUAUGACUAUAAGAUUGCUCGAGAAUACAACUGGAAUGUGAAGAACAAGGCUAGUAAGGGUUACGAGGAAAACUACUUCUUCAUCUUCCGAGAAGGCGAUGGAGUUUACUAUAACGAGUUGGAGACCAGGAGGCACGGAAGGCCCAGCUGGAGAACCAUGAACCCGAGGAAGAAGAGGAAGAGGAAAUGGAGACAGAAGAGAAAGAAGCUGGGGGCUCAGGUAAAGCUGCAUAGGCCAAACCCUGGGAACCGUGGGAGGGUGGGAAACUGGGUCUCAUUCCUUUUUGUUCCCUUACAGAUGAGGAGCGAGAGAAGGGCAGCAGCAGUGAGAAAGAAGGCAGUGAGGAUGAGCGCUCAGGCAGUGAGAGUGAACGGGAAGAGGGUGACAGGGAUGAGGCGAGUGACAAGAGUGGUAGUGGCGAGGACGAGAGCAGUGAAGAUGAGGCCCGAGCUGCUCGGGACAAAGAGGAGAUCUUCGGCAGUGAUGCGGAUUCAGAGGAUGCGGACUCUGAUGAUGAGGACAGAGGACGGGCCCAUGGCAGUGACAAUGAUUCAGAGAGUGGCAGCGAUGGGGGUGGCCAGCGGAGCCGCAGCCCCAGCCGCAGCCCCAGCCCGAGCCGCAGUGCCAGUCCCUUCCCCAGUGGCAGCGAGCACUCUGCGCAGGAGGAUGGCAGUGAAGUCGCAGCUUCUGAUUCCAGUGAAGCGGACAGUGACAGUGACUGAGUCCUUUCAGGGCUGGUGCAGACAUGAUUAUGCACAGAAAGGCACUUUUCCGUGGUGUAUUUGUGAGCCUUUCACUAUUCCCCUCCCCUCCUCCAAACCUUUGCUGUUAAUAAAACCAGCUUCUCUACUUCCCUUCCCAGGUCUUAUGGUCUCAUUCUGCCUAUAUCCACCCCCUCCCACUCCAUCACUUCCUCCACCCCUACCCCAGGUGCUCGGUGACCUCUGCUUAUCAGCAUAGAAGCAAAGGCCACAGAGGCAGGACCAUUAGGUUUUCAAUGAAAUGUAGCAUAACAAAGGUCAGAAUCUUUUUUUUUUUUUGGUGUUUUUUUUUUUCCAAAAUAAGCCCAGACCAUUAAACAAGUGAAACUCCAACAAAUAAAUCUCCAACAGCGAGAAAAA